AUGUCUACUGCACAGAGAAAAGACAGCAGGCACCUGUUUAACAGUUUUUAUACCUGUAAACUGAAGCUUCCAGAAGACCAGCAACAGCAAGAAAAAUCUGUCAUUGCUCAGCCAAUAUUUGUUUUUGCAAAGAGAGAACAAACUUUUAAGAGACCUGCAGAAGACACCCUGUACGAAGCAGCAGAACAUGAGUCUAAUGGUUUUCUGAGAAAGCGCGUACGGUCUUCAUCUUUUACUUUGCAUACUACACAUCUUCAGUCUCAAGGAGCAUCAACCUUGUCCCAGAAUCGAAUGAGAUCAUCAUCCUUCACUGACCUCCCGACCUUCCCUCCUUCUGGGCCGGUGAAGAAAAACAAUGUUUUUAUGACAUCAACUCAUGUGCAAAGGAAUGUUGAUAUGAACAGUGCAGAACAAGGUCCCGUGAAACAUUCUGAACAUGUUCUAAGACCUGCUAUUUUGCAACCACCUCAAGCUCAAAGGUGUGAAAAAGCAAGAAAAACAUUUGGACACGAUACCUUGGAAUCCUGCAAGAUUAAAGACAAAACGAAAAAUAAGAUUUCUGAGGGGAGCUCCUGUUUGCUAGGUGAAAAAUUACCCAGCACCAGAAUUUCAGUACUGCUGACUACUAAACAGAACUGUUUAGGUGCUACAUCAGUAGGAUGUCAACCAAAUGAAGAGAAGUAUUCUUUUAAAAGCUGCAGUUCUGAUUUCGUGUUUGGAGAAAACAUGGUAGAAAGAGUUUUGGAUAUUCAACAUCUCACCCAAUCUCAACCUGAAAAUGAUUCAUACACCAAGGAACAACCAUUCAAAUCCGUACUAGAAUUUCCUGUCAACUCUCUAAAUUCAAACUCUAUUAAAAAUAUAUCCCUAAUCGAAUCAGCUGCUGCUUUCUCUUCUAAGCCAUCACCCAAAUGCUUGCUGCAGAAAAUUGAUGUUGUAACAGGGGAGGAAGCUGAACAUAAUGUGUUGAAGAUCAACUGCAAGCUUUUUAUAUUCAACAAAACAACACAGUCCUGGACUGAAAGGGGCAGAGGAGCUUUGAGGCUGAAUGACACAGCAAGCAGUGACUGUGGAACAUUCCAGUCGAGACUAAUUAUGCGCAAUCAAGGCAGCCUGAGGCUGAUUCUCAAUAGCAAACUCUGGGCUCAAAUGGAGAUUCAAAGAGCGAACCACAAAAAUUUACGAAUAACAGCUACUGAUUUAGAAGACUAUAACAUCAAAGUGUUUUUAAUUCAGGCCAGUGCCAAAGAUACAGGGUGUCUGUACGCGGCAAUACAUCAUCGGCUCGUUGCACUUCGAAGCUUUGGUAAACAGGAAGAUGUAAACCAAGCGGAAAGCCAGUCAGAUACAAUCCUCCAACAAUUAAACUGUGAAAGCUGUGAUGAGGAUGAGGAUGAUUUCAUCAAAGCAACUAAGAAUAGAUCAGAUCCUUCGAGGUGGACCCACAGACAGUCGGUUGCCUGUUCAUGA